GCGCCUGGCAGGAGCGGACGCGGUGCUCGCCAGGAUCUAUCACGAGCACACCGUCUCUAAGUCCUACACGCCGCUCCUGCUAGGCGAGAUUUUGGCCGCCAGGACCUGGACUUCCGGGGACGAGCUCAAUCGCCUGGCGGUCCCCCAGAAGGAGGCCGUCGGGGGAAACCUGGUGGCGACGGACGACAAGAAGCCGUGGGAGCCCCGCGGCGUCAUGUCUGUGUUGGACGGGCUCGAAGCGGUGCGCCUGGCUUGGAUCCUGACCACGGUCGGCGACGAGGGCGACGUCAACGACUACAUCGCCUGGUGGGACCGUAAGGUCAGGGCCCGCACGGCCCACGUCGAGAACAUCGUCGCCUACUGGACGUCAACGGCCACCACCUUGGCCAUGGAACUUCGCCAACGGCGCACCUUCAAGGAGGCCAUGGCCACGCCGCCGCCUCCGCCGGAGCCCAAGAAGCCCGCCAGGCCACAGCCGCCCCCCAAGGCCGAGCCGGACCAAGGGGCGGACUGGGCCCCACCAACCCCGAAGUGGCAGCGCACGGAAGGGCAAGAAGGGGCAGAAAGGCCAGAAGGGCGGCAAGAAGGGACCAAGGGCGCCGGCAAGGGCCAGGAGCGCCAGCGCCGCCAGGAUGAGCAGCGCCGCGACCAGGCCUGGGACGACUCCUGGUGGGCGUCGUCGUCGCCAAACCGCCCGGAGGGGCGGUCCAUCAUCGUCCUCUCCGCCUUCGAUGGCAUCGGCGCGUCCCACUGGCUGGUGGCUAAGGCCUUUGGGCGGCCCCUACUUUCCGUGUCCUGGGAGGGCGACGGGGCAUGCAAGGCAUUGGUGCAGAAGGCCAUGCCCUGGGUAGAGCACAGGGGCGAUCUCACCCGGGAUUCGCCCGAGGACGUGGCCCACCUCAUCAUGGACGCCGGCCCUGACGCCUGCGCCUUGAUCGUCUGGUGCGCGGCGCCGCCGUGCCAGGACUUCUCCCGGAUCGGCCAGGGAGCGGGCCACCACGGCGAAAGGGGCAGGCUCUUCCAGGACGCGGACCAGGCCGUCGGCGGAUACCUUCGACUUGGCGGCUUGGCGUUUCACCCGUCCGUGGCGACGGGCCGGUGGAGCGACGGCGGGCGCCAAUAUGCCUAUGGCACUACCAGCUCGAGGACGCGCCUCCGGCGUCAGGCCUUCAUCCGGCAAGAGCAGGCCGCCAGAAGCCGGGCGGGGCUCCGCCAGCUGCCGGCGGAUGUGGAUUACGACACCGCCCUGGCCUCUCACAUAGAGAGGGAGUUCGCGGAGCAGCGCGCCAUGGGCUCCCCCAUGCAACAGCCUGCAGCGGCCGCCAGCCAGGCCACACAGGCGGACAGGGCGUCAGGGCCCCGCUGGAGGAGGCCCAUCGGGCCCCUCGCCGGGUCCAGGUGGUGGAGGACACACACCCCCGUCCAUUCGAGGCGGCCUAAAAGGGCGGCUUCUUCUUCGUCGGCGGUGCCGCCUCCGCCCAAGGCUUCCUUCCCGCCGCCGGACAUGGCUGGGGGCGCCACGGCUUUGGCAGCCCGGAACAGGGAGCAGCGGUCCCACAAACAGGCGUCUUCGGAUGAAUUUCGGUUUCAGGUGUGCGAGCCUGCUAUGGCAGCUACGCCCUGGGCGGCCAACUCCUGCCCCUCGCCCAGGACGGGUGGGGACGGCCGGGGUGGGGGCGAAGUCCCACGGCGGCCCGCCCAGGCCUGGGUCAGCAGGUGUUCCUGGCGAUGUGGAUCCACCUGCUCCUGCGCCUGGACGUCGGGCGGGGCGGCCUUCCUUGGCAUGGAGCAGCACUGGGCCUCGGCACCGCUCAUGCAGCACUGCCUCGCCACACGCCCGGCGUUGGAGCCGGCCCUCCGACGGCGGUGGCGACAUGACCUUUGCCGCAUUCGUCGGGAGGUCGUCGCGGAGCCCUCGUCAUGGUGGAGGCCCUUCCAGGGGCCCACCUUCCUGAGCCUGCUCCGCGACCUGGGCUACCCCGCCACCACGGACCUUGAGGCCCGCCUUACCGGCCCUUGCGCCGCUCCCGACCACUGGUCCGUGGCAACCGCGGCGCUGCCCUGGACGGCCGACAUGCGCACCUUGCGCCGGCCCCCACUGGGCGACUGCUUCGCCGCCCUCUCCUUUGCCAUUUGCCAGGUCGACGAGAACGGGGACCUCAAGCUACGCCGAAGCGAAGAUUGGCGACGGUCAGGCCACAACGCCACCAUGAGCGCCGAGGACGUGCCCACCCACCACUUCCUGGGCGACAUCGUCGACUUCAUCCUGGCCGCCUGGUGCGAGGGUUGGGACCCUAAGGUCUUCGGCCAUGACCUUCAGAACGCCUACCGCCAGUGGGCGGUGCGUUGCCCUGGCCAUUGCGGGACGUUCCUCCCCACCGACCAGGGCGUGACUCUUUGGUUCCACUACGCCAUGUGUUUCGGGGCGGCGGCGAGCGUCUGGAACUUUAACAGGGCAGCCGACGCCGUCCAGAUGCUCAUGCGGGCGCUCCUCCUGGUGAUUUUGGGCCACUUCGUCGACGACUUCAACGGCGCCGACGACGGCCACACCGCCGAGUCCGCCCACAACGCCGUGGCCGAGUUCUUCGCUGCCCUCGGCCUCCAUGACCAAGCCCUCCAAG